UGUCACCACCAUGGCGGCCUACCCGUCCUCCACCGGCGACGGCUCCGCGACACGAUUCUCACUCCCACGAUUACCUUUCUCGCUACCAUCAAUACCUCUCCACGUCCCACAUCGAAUACGGAGGCGAUUUCGAGCCACGAAGUCGAAAAUCAGCGCCCGAUCCUCACCCACCUCCUCCAUCGCCUCUCUCGAGACCUCCUUCAACCCGAUAAACACCAUUCGAGCCCUGCGAACACAUCACUGGACGAAAUAUGACGCACAAUACCUCUUUCUGGCUGCGAUUGGUCUCUUUGCUCUCUGCAUGAUUGAACACCCGGGACCGUUGAAGAAAGGACUGGUGGCCACAGCUUUGUUGACCGGCCUGGCAAUACCCAUAACACGGCAGUUUCUGCUGCCUUUCUUGCCUAUAGCAGGCUGGUUAGUCCUCUUCUUCGCCUGCCAAUUCAUACCACCGGCAUACCGACCACGCAUUUGGGUACGGGUUCUGCCUGCGCUGGAGAAUAUACUAUACGGCGCUAACUUGAGCAACAUCCUCUCUGCACACAAGAACUCGUUCCUAGACGUGCUCGCAUGGCUGCCAUACGGGAUAACGCACUUUGGAGCACCAUUCGUCUGUUCUGGCAUCAUGUUCAUUUUCGGCCCGCCAGGUACCACUCCCACUUUCGCGAGAGCAUUUGGAUACAUGAACAUCACCGGUGUCAUGAUCCAGAUCAUGUUCCCGUGCAGUGCACCGUGGUAUGAGAACCUCUACGGCCUGGCACCCGCGAACUACUCCAUCCCCGGAUCUCCCGCAGGUCUGGCAGCCAUUGACAAGCUGUUCGGGAUUGACCUCUACACAUCCACCUUCACCGCAUCACCCCUCGUCUUUGGCGCAUUUCCAUCGCUUCAUUCUGGAAACGCCACGAUCGAAGCCCUCUUCAUGUCACACACCUUCCCGAAACUCCGCCCGCUCUUCACUUUCUACGUCCUCUGGAUGUGGUACGCCACGAUGUAUCUCAGCCACCACUACGCCGUAGAUCUCGUCGGCGGCAGCGUCAUCGCCGCAAUCGCCUACUUCAUCGCCAAAGGCAGCUAUCUUCCUCGUCUGCAACCGGGCAAGAUGUUCCGUUGGGACUACGAUUACGUUGAGCACGGCGAAUUGAAUGAAUCCUAUGCGUACGGUCUCACGGAUCUGGACGACUACGAGCUGGCCCUCCGCGGUGAUAGCGAUGAGUGGACAAUUGGCUCCAGCUCGAGUUUCUCCUCCUCCAGCCGCGAGCCCUCCACUGGCAUGCGCUCUCCGAUCGGCGACAACGAGCAAUGGGAAGGCGAAACUCUCGCUGCCUCCCUUUCAUCAAUGCCCGAGCUCGACAUCCAUCCUCUCGCAACCCGCACCUCUCCUCAUCCACCGCAUCCCCCAAAAAUCAUGGCCAAACGCGUCGUCCAAGGCGACCAAAUCGUCAAACUCAUCGUCGGCGCCGGCCAAGCCUCGCCUUCACCUCCCGUUGGUCCAGCGCUAGGUUCCAAAGGCGUGAAGUCCAUGGACUUUUGCAAGGAGUUCAACGCUCGCACAGCAAACUACAUCCCCGGCACCCCCGUCCCCGCGCGCGUCACCGUCCGCCCGGACCGUUCCUUCCACUUCGAGCUCCGCACGCCUCCCACCGCGACCCUCCUCCUCUCCGCCGCCGGCGUCUCCCCGACGAAGAACAAACUCAAAGGAGCGGGUAAUACCGCGGGACCGAAAGCGAGGGGCGCAGGUGCGAUGGGGAAGAGCACGCAUUCGGGCGGUGCGCCGCCGGGGAAUAGUAUGUUGGGGAGCGUGGGCACGGUGAGUCUGAAGCAUGUGUGGGAGAUUGCGAGGAUCAAGCAGAGUGAGCAGAGGUUGAGUGGGUUGGAGUUGAGGGGGGUGGUGAAGAGUGUUGUGGCGCAGGCGGGGAGUUGUGGGGUUUUGGUUGUGCCUUGA